AAUAUUUCCAUAACACUCUAUGAGUUGUUCAGUUUCGCGCAUUAUUUUAAAGUAAAUAUUAUAAACAUAAUACUCAUAAAUGAUAAUUAAUAAGACUUAUAGCGAUGAAUAACGGAAAAGUAAGAACUUUUUGUGGACCAUACAUAGAAGACAAAUAUAAUCAGUUUUUCAAUCCAAACAUUUGUCAUGUUUGCAAAUGUCCCAGCAGAGACUUGAUAACGUGUAAUCUCUGCAAAAUGAUUUCUUACUGUUCCGAGGAGCAUAAGGAAAUACAUAGAAACUCACACUCAGAGAUCUGCAUAGCUAUGGCAAAGGAAAUAACAGACAAAUCGUUCUCGGACACGCAUCGUAGCUUAGAAGAAUGGAUAGAAUCACGAAACGAUGUUUUAGAACGAAUACUGCCUAGUCUAUCACGUUGCAUACACCAAUACGAAAAGGAGAUGAUAAUAUGCGCAAAAUCGUGUUGCGUGUGUUACCGACAGAUAAAUAUAAAUCCCUGCAAUUUUUGCUAUUCAGCCAACUUUUGUGAUGAUCACCAAACAGAAUUUAAUGUAUUACAUAAGGAGAACUGCGGUGAGCUUUUGCUAUUACUGAACAUGAAUAUAGCCGAUAUUAUUUUCAACUUUGAAGAAAUUCUAUAUGGAAAAGAAAAUAAGUUCACCAGAUUUCCUAGAGAAAAAUAUUUUUUUGACAACAUUACAUUUAUUAAUAACUAUUUAGUCAGCAAAGAUUCACUUAUUCGUAAAAUAAUAUUAAGUAAUCUGAAUUCAAUUCUUUACUGGACAACAGAGCAAUAUAUAUAUUCUGAGUAUGUAUCCGGUCCGCUGACAUUAUACUACGCGUUGAAGGAAUCAAAAUUAUUAUUUAUUCCACUCAAAGCAUCUAAAUACAUUGUUCAUGUUAUAGAUGCAAAUAAAAUAGAUGUAAUAUCUUUGCAAAUUUGGCAUAUUUUCUUACAUAUCUUUAAAAAAAUAAAGGAACUGCACAUUGUAUUUAUAAAAUCGCCAAUAUUCGAAUCAUGCGAUCUAGGUUUUGUUUGUUCAACAUGCCGUAAAUAUAAUCAGAGACUUUAUAUUAAAAAUGUGUCAGAAACGUACUACGAGUAUAAACGCUCUGAGUCAUAUGAGACACCAGAUGUGAUUGUACUACUUGAAACACAAACUAUUUCCAUGGGAACAUGGUUUGACUCUAUAUCAACAAUAAUAGAGCAACAGUGUCCGUUACUUUUAACCGCUGACACGGAAAUGACAGCGCAAGAGAAUGGAAAUUGGAUAGAAAAAAUAACAGGCGUAAAUAGAAAACGCUUGUGUAGAAAAAAUAAAUUCUGCGGCUGUAGACCAUAUAGAAACUGUACGACUGGAAGAUAUUAUUACCGAAAUGCGUACUUUAUUAUGUAUUCACCGUUUUAAAUCACAUGAUCGACCUAGUCAAAGGUUGAAGGUGUGAAUACUGGGGUAUAUUUUGUUUCUUAUCUUUUCAAAAUAUAUAAAAUAUGUAAUAUAUCAUGUAAUAAAAUUAUUGCCGCAUACAUAGUAUCUUACAGUUUUAUAAUUUGACGCAUGCCAUGCCAUAGUUAUAGAUAUUACAUGCAGUUCAUUUUGAGUUAUGUAUAAUUGUUUUGUAAAUACCUUCUUCAACUUCCGUGUUCUGUAAGUGAUAGAUGAUAAGAAUAAUUCUACAACAUUUUAUAUAGAAUUGUAAAACAUUUUAUACCUUAUAUUAUUUAUGCUGUACCUUGUAAUCAAUACUCGUAACUGACUGCAUCUAUUACGAUUCUUUACAUUUUAAAUUGUCAAAAUAUAUUAAAAUGUAUACAAACAAAAACCUGGAUCUAUUAGUGCCUUUCGAAUUUUUAUCUAUUAUUGUAAAUUAAAUACAAAUGUUUACUUAUAUUCGCCAAUGAAAUAUAGAUUUUUUAAUAAUACAUAUUUAUUAGUAAAUAUA